UAUUCAGCAUUCAGCAGGGAGGGAGCCUCUGAACAGCCACGUAGGCAUUCUCUUCUCUCUGGAGGAAAAGGCCCAGCAGCUGUCCGAGGAAAAGACCCACCAGCUGUCAGCAAAGGGACAUGUCGCAGCUAAGUAAGAAUCUGGGUGACUCGAGUCCUCCGGCGGAGGCCCCGAAGCCGCCUGUCUAUAGCCGCCCUACGGUUCUGAUGCGGGCCCCGCCCGCUUCCUCCCGGGCUCCGCCAGUCCCUUGGGAUCCACCUCCAAUUGACUUGCAGGCUUCAUUGGCCGCUUGGCAGGCACCUCAGCCUGCCUGGGAGGCCCCACAGGGCCAGCUGCCCGCCCCGGUGGUUCCGAUGACCCAGCCUCCUGCCCUAGGGGGCCCGAUAGUCCCGGCUCCCCCGUUGGGGGGCCCGAUGGGUAAGCCUCCGACUCCCGGGGUCCUGAUGGUGCAUCCUCCACCUCCGGGAGCCCCUAUGGCCCAGCCUCCGACCCCAGGAGUCCUGAUGGUGCAUCCUUCAGCUCCCGGAGCUCCCAUGGCCCAUCCUCCCCCUCCGGGAACCCCAAUGUCCCACCCUCCCCCUCCGGGAACCCCGAUGGCCCAUCCUCCUCCUCCGGGGACCCCGAUGGCCCAUCCUCCUCCUCCGGGGACCCCGAUGGUGCAUCCUCCUCCUCCGGGGACCCCGAUGGCUCAUCCUCCCCCUCCGGGGACCCCGAUGGCUCAUCCUCCCCCUCCGGGGACACCGAUGGCUCAUCCUCCCCCUCCGGGGACACCGAUGGCUCAUCCUCCCCCUCCGGGGACACCGAUGGCCCAGCCUCCAGCUCCGGGAGUCCUGAUGGCCCAGCCUCUGACUCCGGGAGUCCUGAUGGUCCAGCCUGCUGCUCCGGGAGCCCCGAUGGUCCAGCCGCCUCCAGCAGCCGUGAUGACCCAGCCUCAGCCUUCAGGAGCACCGAUGGCCAAGCCUCCAGGUCCAGGAGUCCUGAUGAUUCAUCCUCCAGGUGCGAGAGCUCCGAUGACCCAGCCUCCAGUUUCAGGAGCACCGAUGGCACAGCCGGCGGCCCCACCUGCACAGCCGAUGGCCCCACCUGCACAGCCGAUGGCUUCUUGGGCCCCGCAGGCUCAGCCUCUGAUCCUGCAAAUCCAGUCUCAAGUUAUAAGGGCUCCUCCGCAGGUUCCCCAGGGCCCGCAGGCACCCCCAGCGCAGCUAGCCACACCCCCGGGCUGGCAGGCGACCUCGCCAGGAUGGCAGGCCACGCCGCAAGGCUGGCAGACCACUCCCCUGACCUGGCAGACCACGCAGGUCACCUGGCAGGCACCAGCCAUUACCUGGCAGGUGCCGCCGCCCAUGCGCCAGGGGCCCCCGCCCAUCCGCCCUGGCCCACCACCCAUCCGCCCUGGCCCACCACCGGUGCGACAGGCCCCACCGCUGAUCCGCCAGGCCCCACCAGUGAUCCGCCAGGCCCCACCUGUGAUCCGCCAGGCUCCACCCGUGAUCCGCCAGGCCCCACCCGUGAUCCGCCAGGCCCCACCUGUGAUCCGCCAGGCUCCACCUGUGAUCCGCCAGGCCCCACCUGUGAUCCGCCAGGCCCCACCGCUGAUCCGCCAGGCUCCGCCGCCCAUCCGACCUGCCCCACAGGUCCUGGGCACCCAGCCACCGCUCUGGCAGGCCCUGCCACCCCCACCUCCACUGCGGCAGGCCCCGCAGGCUAGGCUGCCGGCCCCGCAGGUGCAGGCGGCGCCGCAGGUGCCUACGGCCCCACCUGCUACGCAGGUACCCGCGGCGCCGCCCGCUGGCCCGCAGGUGCCCCAGCCUGUGCUGCCGGCCCCGCUGUCUGCCCCACUGUCUGCCCCGCAGGCUGUGCACUGCCCUUCCAUCAUCUGGCAGGCCCCCAAAGGUCAGCCCCCGGUGCCACACGAGAUUCCAACGUCAAUGGAGUUCCAAGAGGUGCAGCAGACACAGGCACUGGCCUGGCAGGCCCAGAAGGCCCCCACUCACAUCUGGCAGCCCCUGCCUGCCCAGGAGGCCCAGAGGCAGGCUCCCCCCUUGGUCCAGCUGGAGCAGCCCUUUCAGGGAGCCCCGCCCUCCCAAAAAGCCGUGCAAAUCCAGCUACCCCCCCAGCAGGCCCAGGCAUCGGGUCCGCAAGCGGAGGUGCCCACACUGCCGCUCCAGCCUUCCUGGCAGGCACCGCCUGCAGUCUUGCAGGCCCAGCCCGGACCCCCGGUAGCAGCGGCAAAUUUUCCCCUGGGCCCCGCUAAAUCAUUGAUGACUCCAUCAGGAGAAUGCAGGGCCUCUUCUAUAGACCGCAGGGGCUCCUCCAAAGAGCGCAGGACUUCCUCGAAGGAGCGCAGGGCCCCUUCAAAAGACCGCAUGAUCUUUGCUGCCACCUUCUGUGCUCCCAAGGCAGUGUCAGCUGCAAGAGCACACCUGCCAGCUGCCUGGAAAAACCUGCCUGCCACACCGGAGACCUUUGCUCCCUCCUCAAGUGUCUUCCCAGCUACCUCCCAGUUUCAGCCUGCCUCUCUGAAUGCCUUUAAAGGCCCUUCUGCUGCCUCAGAGACCCCAAAGUCACUGCCAUAUGCUCUGCAGGAUCCCUUUGCCUGUGUAGAGGCCCUGCCUGCAGUUCCAUGGGUCCCACAGCCCAAUAUGAAUGCCUCAAAGGCAUCCCAGGCAAUGCCCACCCUCCUGGUGGCUACAGCAGCUGCCCCUCAGGCAACUGCCACCACUCAAGAGGCCUCCAAGACCUCCGUGGAGCCGCCACGCCGCUCCGGCAAGGCCACGCGGAAGAAGAAGCAUCUGGAAGCCCAAGAGGACAGCCGUGGCCACACUCUGGCCUUUCAUGACUGGCAGGGCCCAAGGCCCUGGGAGAAUCUGAAUCUGAGUGACUGGGAGGUUCAAAGCCCUGUCCAGGUCUUGGGUGACUGGGAGCACCCAAACACCCCCUGUGGCCUGAGUGGUUGGGAGGGCCCUAGCACCUCCAGGAUCCUGAGUGGCUGGGAAGGGCCCAGCACAUCCUGGGCCCUGAGUGCCUGGGAGGGCCCGAGCACCUCCAGGGCCCUGGGUCUCUCUGAAAGCCCAGGGAGCUCUCUGCCCGUAGUCGUGUCUGAGGUCGCAAGUGUCUCUCCAGGAUCCAGUGCCACCCAUGAUAAUUCCAAGGUGGAGGCACGGCCCUUGUCUCCCUUGGAUGAGAGGGCAAAUGCAUUGGUGCAGUUCCUCUUAGUCAAGGACCAAGCCAAGGUGCCUGUCCAGCGCUCGGAGAUGGUGAAAGUCAUCAUCCGAGAGUAUAAAGAUGAGUGCUUAGAUAUCAUCAACCGUGCCAACAAUAAGCUGGAGUGUGCCUUUGGUUAUCAAUUGAAAGAAAUUGAUACCAAAAACCACGCUUAUAUUAUCAUCAACAAGCUGGGCUACCAUACAGGGAAUUUGGUGGCAUCCUAUUUAGACAGGCCCAAGUUUGGCCUCCUGAUGGUGGUCUUGAGCCUCAUCUUUAUGAAAGGCAAUUGUGUCAGGGAGGAUCUGAUCUUUAAUUUUCUGUUCAAGUUAGGGUUGGAUGUCCGGGAGACAAAUGGUCUCUUUGGAAAUACUAAGAAGCUCAUCACCGAAGUGUUUGUCAGGCAGAAGUACUUAGAGUACAGGCGAAUCCCCUACACUGAGCCCGCAGAGUAUGAGUUCCUCUGGGGCCCUCGAGCAUUCCUGGAAACCAGCAAGAUGCUUGUCCUGAGGUUUUUGGCCAAGCUCCAUAAGAAAGAUCCACAGAGCUGGCCAUUCCAUUACCUUGAAGCGCUGGCAGAGUGUGAGUGGGAAGACACAGAUGAGGAUGAACCUGACACCGGUGACAGUGCCCACGGCCCCACCAGCAGGCCCCCUCCUCGCUAAUAGGUGCAGCAGAGAUCUCGCUCCUGUGUUUCUCUGGCCAGAGGCCACUGACAGGGUGGGGGGACAUUUUUGUUUCUGGUGUUUGUGUUCCAGUUCCAUGAGUGUAAGUUUGGAUUUUCAACUUGGUUUCGUAUCUGCCAAAGCUUUGUACAUUUUUCAUGUGGUGUUGAUUUCAAUCGGCUACUGUUCUGUUCUGUAUUUUGGCAUCUGUAUUUUUAAGUGAGAUCUGUGGUUCUCUGUUUUGUGUUAUAAUUGUUAUGUUUUGGUAUCAGCUUUGUGCUGGCUUUGUGAAAUGAAUUGAGAAGCUGUCCAUCUCAUUCUGGUAUAAUUCAUGUAGCAUUGUAAUCGGUUGUUCUUUGAACGUUCAAAUGACUCAUCAGUAAAAACUGUCUACAGAGAAGUAAAUAUCUAUAUCUAUAUAUAUAAAUAUACUUUCAGCAUAA